AUGUAUGUCAAAGUCGAGACCGAACGUUUAGCGUUCAUCAGAUUCAAUCAGCCAAAGCUACGAUCUGAGGACUAUAUACACUUGCGUGAUGCUAUUCAUUCAGAUGGUGAUGUUCAGAAUAUUGGACGACUGACGAUUCUCCCAUCAACUUAUAUCGGAAGCCCACGCCACAUGCACGAAUACGCUCAAGACGCUAUGACGUACGUGCGAAAUUAUGGAACUCCGGAUUUUUUUAUUACGGUCACAUGCAAUCCGAAGUGGACGGAAAUUGAACGCGAGUUGGAACCGGGUCAAAAACCGCAAGAUCGCCAUGACAUAAUCGCCAGAGUAUUUCAGCAAAAACUCAAGGUUAUGAUGGAUGUGCUUACUAAGUAUCGAGUUUUUGGUGACACACGUUGUUAUAUGUACUCGGUGGAAUGGCAGAAGCGUGGACUACCGCAUGCUCAUAUCCUAAUUUGGUUGCUGAACAAAUUACAUUCAAAUGAAGUGGAUGACAUCAUAUCAGCUGAAAUUCCUGAUCCAGUCACUGAUCCCCGUCUACACGACAUUGUGACGACACAGAUGGUGCAUGGACCGUGCGGUGCAUUAAAUCCAUUAUCGCCUUGCAUGGCUGAUGGAAAGUGCACAAAACGAUAUCCGCGACCGUUAGUUGCUGAAACAGUCACAGUGAACGAUGGAUAUCCAGUUUAUCGUCGGCGUUCAAAAGAAGAUAACGGUCGAACUAUCAAAGUUAAAGUUCAAAAUCAAGAGAUUGAGAUCGGAAAUGAAUUCAUUGUACCAUAUUGCCCGCUGCUAUCACGAAUUUUCGAAACACAUGCAAACGUUGAGAGUUGUCAUUCGGCCAAAUCAAUCAAAUAUUUGUGCAAGUACGUCACAAAAGGCAGCGACAUGGCUGUGUUUGGUAUUGCGUCGGAAAAUGUGAAUGACGAAAUCAGCAACUUCCAAAUGGGCAGAUACGUCAGUACUAAUGAAGCACUGUGGCGAUUAUUGUCAUUUCAAAUUCAUGAAAGAUAUCCCACAGUUGUACAUUUAGCAGUGCAUUUGGAAAAUGGCCAAAGAGUUUACUUCACUGAGGCUAAUGCGGCACAACGAGCUGAGAGACCACCAUCGACAACAUUGACUAGCUUCUUUGCAAUGUGUGAAGCAGAUCCAUUCGCAGCGACGCUGAUGUACGUUGAAAUGCCCAAGUAUUACACUUGGAAUCAAUCAACAAAGAAAUUCCAACGUCGCAAACAAGGAACCCCAGUUCCAGACUGGCCACAGGUGUUUUCAACUGAUGCACUAGGUCGUAUGUACACUGUUCAUCCUAGAAACGAUGAAUGUUUUUAUUUGCGACUGCUGUUAGUAAAUGUACGUGGACCGAAAUCAUUUGCGCAUUUGAAAACUGUGAAUGGCCACCAAUGCCAAACAUAUCAAGAAGCAUGUCAACUAUUGGGUUUGCUGGAGAACGAUUCUCAUUGGGAUUUAACACUUGCAGAUUCAGUUGUUUCAUCAAAUGCGUACCAAAUACGAACGCUGUUCGCAAUUAUCAUCACCACAUGUUUUCCUUCACAACCAAUUCAGUUAUGGAACAAAUACAAAGACGCCAUAUGUGAAGAUAUCUUGCAUCGCCUGCGUAUUCAAACGAAUAAUCCUGACAUCCAAAUAACCGAUGAAAUCUACAAUGAAGGAUUGAUUCUGAUUGAGGAUCAAUGCUUGACUAUUGCAAACAAGCUACUGAUUGAAGUAGGAAUGAUUGCGCCAAAUCGAUCGAUGCACGAUGCAUUCAACCAAGAAUUAAAUCGAGAGCUGCAAUACAAUGUUGAUACAUUGCAGGAAUUCGUUAGAAAUAAUGUUCCGUUGCUGAAUGAACAGCAAAACAAAUGUGACAUAGCUUUGGCGUUAGCAUCAUCUGGAAUUGCGGCGACUCUUCUAGAUGGCGGUCGUACUGCACAUUCUGCGCUUAAGUUGCCACUCAAUUUAAACACAAUUGAUACUCCAACGUGCAAUAUUUCCCGAUCCAGUGCAAUGAGAAAAUUGUUAAUGCAAUGCAAGCUCAUUGUUUGGGAUGAGUGCACAAUGGCACAUAAGAAAUCACUUGAAGCACUUAACUUCACACUGAAGGAUCUUCGGAGAAAUAACAACAUCUUUGGCGGCUUGAUGAUAUUGUUGGCAGGCGAUUUCAGGCAGACGUUGCCAGUAGUUCCCCGUGGAACGCCUGCAGAUGAAUUGAAUGCUUGCCUAAAGUCAUCACCUUUAUGGAAUAACGUAAAAACAUUAUCGCUAACCACUAAUAUGAGAGUUCAACUUCAAAAUGAUCAAAGUGCUGCACAAUUUUCCAAACAAUUGUUAGAUCUUGGAAAUGGAAAAGUUCCAGUUGAUGCGACAUCUGGAUUAAUUACUCUUACCAACGACUUUUGCCGAUUUGUAGACACUCAAUUAGUUCUUAUUGAAAAUGUUUUCCCAAACAUUAGUGAGAAUUAUAAGAAUUAUGCUUGGUUAAGUCAACGAGCAAUUCUUGAAGCAAAGAAUAAUGAUGUCCACGCACUGAAUUUCACCAUUCAAUCAAAAAUUGCUGGCGAUUUGGUGACAUACAAAUCCGUAGAUUCAAUAACAAAUCCCGAUGAUGUAGUAAAUUAUCCAACGGAGUUUUUGAACUCUCUGGAGAUACCAGGAUUUCCACCACAUAACUUGCAACUGAAAGUUGGUACAGUUAUUUUGAUACUGCGUAAUUUGAAUCCACCGCGACUUUGCAACGGUACUCGACUUUCGGUAAAGAGACUUAUGCCGAAUUUAAUUGAGGCAACCAUUAUUAACGGAAAGUACGCAGGUGAAAAUGUAUGUAUUCCUCGAAUACCAAUGAUUCCGACUGAUCUUCCGUUUGACUUCAAACGAUUGCAAUUCCCAGUUCGCCUUGCGUUCGCAAUGACAAUUAAUAAGUCGCAAGGCCAAUCGCUUAGUGUUUGCGGGAUAAAUUUGGAAAAUCAUUGUUUUUCACAUGGACAGUUAUACGUUGCGUGUUCACGAGUUGGGAAACCAUCCGCUUUGUUUGUGUUAACGUCAGACCAAAAAACAAAAAAUGUGGUUUACCAAAGAGCACUACAAUGA